AUGGGGGCAGCACCGAGUGCGGAGACGCUCCGAACGGCACCUUUUUGCCCUAUGCGCAAGGGCUCUCGUCAGCUCGCGUUGCUUCCCUUCACGCAGGAGUUCUUUCCAAAUGCCAGGUCACCACUUUUUCUUCAGCUGUACGAAGCUUACAUGGAUUCUUCAGUGCGGUAUUACAUCCGAAGGGAGGGGGGAAGUCUUUUGCAGGAUCGGAUUCCCCCCAUCGCGUUCACGAUCGAGGAGCUCUACGCGCGGUAUAAGGCGGUGAGCUCCUCCAGCUACUACCCAACGAAUCAGGCCUUGCGGGAGGAAGUGGAGGCUGGAAGGGGCUAUCGCGUGCGGCCGACGCCGUGUGCGGUGGUGUUUUUGUACGAAGGCAAAGGUCCGGAGGGGUGCGCGCGGGUGUUGAAGCAGAAAAGCAUGCAAAUUCGCGUCAUCGGCGCCGUCGGCGAUGCGCUUUGUGAACCCUCCACGACCCCGAUUGUACUCCGUGAAAGUGAUGUGUUUCGCUACCAGAUCUUCAUCACGAAGUCCGCCGGGGAUCACAACUUGGUUCGGGUCCAGCUGAUCGCCGCCCACGUUUACCAAUACCAGUGCCUCGAACUGAUCGGCCUGCGGGAGGUUCCCUUUUUGCCGACCACGAUGUUGACGUUGAAGACGAAUAUUCCGUUUUUGUGUUUCUUCCGUGAAUUGCGGGGUCGCACCCAUUCCCUGUGGGGGCCUUCCACCACGUUGUCGAUGUGGGUAGAUGACGCGUGCUUGCGCGUCUCCGCGAGUGCCGACUCGAUGCGGGCGAUCUGCGCCGCAUUUGCGAAGCACUUCAUGAUCAUUAAAGAAAAAAAAUCCAACCACCGGAAGCUCCGACAAAAAGGGGAGAAGGAUUCCCGGAAGAGGCCCCUCACGUCGAGCCUUACCGAGGUGGGAUCGUUUAGCAGCCUCACCGACAGCUGCGAGGAGGCCGGGGCCUUGGUUCCCGCCGAGAGUUCCAUCCCAUUCAACCACGCCAUCGCGAUGAGUAACAAAGUCACCUACCAGCUCAAGGGGUAUAUUGUGGAGAAGAAAGCCACCAUCGUCGCGGGGUGUGGGGCGCCGAAUGAGGUGUACGUGGUGUGCACCGACAGCGUGAUUCAGGUGGUGGCGCCCAUCGAAGGGGAGGGAAAGGGAGAGGGGGAGGGGGAGGCCGGCGGCCGGGCCUCCGUAGUUCUCACCAAAGGCGUCUCACUCACCGCCAGCGCGAUCCCAACGAAGCCCGUCGUGGAGGCGGGCGAGGGGAACCCCCCCUUCUCCCCCCCCACCCGGCCCCCCUGGCGGCCGCGGAAGACGACGAAGAAACCGCCCGGAACGCGCGCGAGACCCCCACGCCGCCUCUUCAGGUCCUGUACGUCCUGCACGCCGCUCGCGGCGAUGUCCUCUCCUUCACCCCUUUCGAAGAGGAGGAAGGCGAGGAACCGGCGAGGGCGAAGGAAGCGAAACCAGGGGCCGAGGCGGCGGAUCCCCUGCCCGAGUCCAACCCCCGCCUGCGCGACGACCACGCGCCCCUCCCGUCUCCGUCCCUUUCCCUUUCCCGUCCGGGCCGUUGGCGGAUCGACCCGGGGAUCUUCAUGGAGUGCAUCCUCCUCUCCCUCGUGCGGGAUGAGUGCAAGCGGGCCCGCGAGGCCGCCGCGGAGGACCCCAAUUGGGUCCUCGACCCCCUCACCCACCGCCCGGUCCAUCAGGACUCCUUUUACAUCUGGCGCUUCCGCCGGGGCCGGGAGGUCUUCUUCUACGGCACCGUCCCGAAGUUUGCGAAUCCCAAGCGGGGUGGGAAGGCCGCGGGCGCAGGCGCAGGCGGAGUAG